AUGGAAUUUGCCCUAGAUCAUAAGCCAUCACAUUCAACUGUGAUUGGCAUGCUGUGGAAAUCACGUUCGAAGAGUGCCAAGAAGAAGUGCCUGCAUGGAAUGCCCAGAACAAGCAUUGACUGCUACUCUCAAGUAAGUGUAAGUGCGCAAAAAGGACUAGGAUUCGAUUUUCUCAAUCGGAGUUUGAGUUUAAGAUGUAUAAAUCCCACGAAGUUGGGCAAGAGAAAAUCCGUACACUUGCUAGGAUUAAAGAAGCUUCAAUUGGUCCUCGAUUUGGAUCAUACGUUGCUCCAUAGCAUCCAAUGCUCUAGGCUGACGGCCUCUGACCGGUGCUUGAAGAAUCUAGCUGUCCGUGAGUGUGAUCCUAAGUGCGGCGACUUGUUCAUCGAUGUGAAGGGUGAAUGGAUCACGAAAUUAAGGCCCUUUGUUCGGUCAUUCCUGAAGGAAGCAAGUGCCCUGUUUGAGAUGACUGUCUUCACUAGAGCACAGAAGCCCUAUGCCGAAAGAAUGGUGAAGCUGCUCGAUCCCGAUGGGUGCUACUUCAAAUCAAGGGUGAUGGUGCGGGAGGACUGCAUCGGGGAAGGGUACAAGUACAAAAGCCUCACCAAGGUCCCUGGUAUGGAAUCCAAUAUACUAAUUCUAGAUGACAAGGAGAAUGUCUGGGCGAAUCACUCGAGGAACCUGAUACAGAUGGAGCCCUACCAUUACUUCGCCUGCGGAUCGCUCAAAUACAACAUGCUGAAUGCAUCUAUGGACGCUCCAGCAUUGGCCAAUCCAAUUAAGAUGGAUGAGAGCGAGGAUGAUGGACCCUUGGCUAUGACUCUUGCGCUCCUAAGGGAAAUUCACAGCCGCUACUUUGACUCGGAUCCAAGAGUGGGUGGGAUGGAUGUUAGGACUCUGCUGCGUGAGCUGUGA